AGGUGUGUAUUUUCGACAAGUCCACCCUCGUGCCGAACGCGAUCGUCGUCAUCAAAACGAACUGCCGAAACUGAUUUCUGCUCGCUCUCAAUCACACAUACACUGCGGACCAUUAGGCUUUUACAACGUGCCACUAUUCACCAGAUGUUCUUCCAAACGGAAGGAAAUCGAGCCUUAUUCCACUAUAUCAUUGGAAUAACUAGUUUUGUCGUUUUACUCCUGUUCUGCUGUACUUUACAAUGUUUCGUAUGUCGACGAUUACGGAGGAAACGACGAUACGACGAGAACUUCGAACCACUCCACUACCCAUCAUCAACUUUACAGUUCGUACGCUUCAGUCAUAACAGGAGAGAACAGCAAAAAAUGAAUGCAACAACAUUCGACAUUCCAUGUAAUGACCAAAAAUAAAGGUUCGCUAUGCGUUUCGACCACAGAAGAAACGCACUUGAUGGUAACAUUCACCUUUAUUUUGGUCGUUUUUGCAGACUACACAAAC